ACUUAAUUAGGAAGUCUCUGCUUUCCUUGGUGUAGUUGUUCUGUAUAUUAUGAUGAUGAUGCUCCCUUAGCUGUUGGCAUGCAUGUGUGUCAAUCAGCGCUGGGGGAGAACAAUGGAACUCCGGCAGUGGCUGCUGCUUCUCUGCCUCAGCGGUGGCCUACUCCAACGGCGCGCCCAACCUGACAGCAGAGGUUUCAUCAGUAUAGACUGUGGGUUAACGGAGCAGGCGAGCUACAUAGACAACACCACGAAGCUGUUGUAUGUCUCGGACGCAGGCUUCACUGACGCCGGCACGAACCACAACAUCUCGGCCGAGUACAUCCGACCGCUACAAUCUAGGCGCGGCCAGAACCUACGGAGCUUCCCCGAUGGCGUGCGCAACUGCUACACGCUCCAUUCAUUGGUGUCCGGCCUCAAGUACCUCAUUCGUGCCAGCUUCCUCUAUGGCAACUACGACGGUCUCAACCGGACGCCGGCGUCGUUCGAGCUCCACAUCGGCGUCAACUUCUGGGCGGCGGUGAACAUGUCAUCGUGGGGGACGGACCAGGGCAACACUGCGACGGUGGAGGCCAUCGUCGUUGUGCCGGACAACCUGGUGCAGGUGUGCCUGGUGAACACCGGCAGUGGGACACCCUUCAUCUCCGGUCUGGACCUGAGACCGCUGAAGAAGACAUUCUACCCGCAGGCAACGGCGGAGCAGGGGCUGGUCAUGCUGGCUAGACUCAACGCCGCCCCAAUAGACAAGACAGUUCUCAUAAGGUACCCCGAUGAUGCGCAUGACCGGAUGUGGUACCCGUGGUACGACGCCACGAUCUGGGCCGAGAUCUCGACGAGCGAGAGAGUGUACGGCGUGGGUGACGACCUCUUUGAAGCGCCGUGGAAGGUGAUGCAAACGGCGAUCGCGGCGCGGAACGGCUCUGGGAACAUCUGGUUCGGCUGGGAGUCCUCGGACGCCGAGCCCCGGGACGACGACCCUGCUCGGCCAGGGUACGUCGCCAUCCUGCACUUCGCCGAGCUGCAGCUCCUCAACGCCAGCAACGGUGAGCUGCGCCAGUUCUACAUCAACCUGAAUGGCGAGCUCGCGUACCCGUCGGGCUUCACGCCAGAGUACCUCAUCAACAACGCGAUCUACGAUACCAAGCCCAGCCGGCAUAGCGUCUACAACUUGUCCAUCAACGCCACCGCAAACUCGACGCUGCCGCCCAUCCUGAACGCCGUCGAGGUGUACUCCGUCAUCCCCACCACCAACCUUGGCACCGACUCCCAAGAUGCAUCUGCCGCCAUGGCGGUCAAGGCCAAGUACGAGGUGCGGAAGAACUGGAUGGGUGACCCAUGCUUUCCCACGACUAUGGCAUGGGAUGGGUUGGCCUGCAGCUAUGCCGCUGCCAACCCUCCAAGGAUCACAAGCAUAAACCUGUCCUCCAGUGGUCUAAAUAGUGAGAUAUCGUCAUCUUUUGCGCAUCUAAAGGCUCUCCAAUACUUGAAUUUAUCAAACAAUAACUUGACUGGUUCAAUUCCAGAUGCCCUUUCACAGUUACCAUCAUUGACAGUCAUAGAUUUGUCUGGGAACCAACUCAAUGGAUCAAUUCCCUCUGGACUUCUCAAAAGAAUUCAAGAUGGCUCCUUGGAUCUAAGACAUGGCAACAAUCCAAACCUUUGCACCGACGGCAAUUCAUGUCAGCUUGGUACUAAAAGGAAGAGCAAACUGGCCAUCUAUGUUGCCGUCCCUGUACUUGUGAUUGUUGUGAUAGUAUCAGUGGCUCUACUAGUCUUGUUCUUCCUAAGACGACGGAACCAGCAACAAGGAUCAAUGAGAAACAGGACAGCGGUAAAGCCACAAAACGAAGAGGCGAUGUCGACGAGCUAUGGCGGCGAUGAUGACUCUCUGCGACUAGUUGAGAAUCGUCGGUUCACGUACGAGGAACUCAAGAGGAUAACCAAUGGCUUUGACCGGGUGCUUGGCCAAGGAGGGUUCGGCCGUGUCUAUGACGGCUUCCUGGAGGAUGGUACUCAAGUGGCAGUGAAGUUGCGGUCACACUCCUCCAAUCAAGGCGUCAAGGAGUUCCUUGCAGAGGCUCAGAUUUUAACCCGGAUUCAUCACAAGAAUCUUGUCUCGAUGAUUGGUUACUGCAAGGAUGGGGCGUAUAUGGCACUUGUGUACGAGUACAUGGCACAAGGGACCCUACGAGAGCACAUUGCAGGAACCGGACACAAUGGAGGAUGUUUACCUUGGAGGCAGAGACUUAAAAACGCCCUUGAAUCUGCACAAGGGUUGGAGUAUCUGCAUACGGGGUGCAACCCGCCUCUCAUCCACAGGGAUGUCAAGGCCACCAACAUUCUGCUGAAUGCCUGGCUAGAAGCCAAGAUCGCCGAUUUUGGCUUGACCAAAGCCUUUGAAUACCACAACAACACAAAUCUUUUCACGAACACGCUCGCUUUUACCCCCGGGUACGUUGAUCCAGAGUACCAAGCAACGAUGCAGCCAACGACCAAGAGCGACGUGUACAGCUUCGGAGUGGUGCUGCUGGAGCUGGUCACCGGGAAACCAGCCAUCCUUUCAGAUCCAGAUCCCACGAGCAUCGUCCAAUGGGCAAGGCAGCGGCUGGCACGGGGCAACAUGGAGGGCGUGGUGGACGCGCGAAUGCAGGGCAAUUAUGAUAUCAACGGCGUGUGGAAGGUGGCGGAGAUUGCACUGAAAUGCACCGCACAGGGAUCGGCACAGCGGCCCACCAUGGCCGAUGUGGUGGCGCAGCUACAGGAGUGUGUCGAGCUCGAGGAGGGCCGCACUUCUAGCUUCCACACCGGUGGGAGCAGCGGCGCCGUUAAUUUCAAUGUUUAUGUUAGUGCGCAGUCCACUGACAUGAGCAGUAACACUGCAUUCGAGACGGAGCUGAGGAUACCAACCGUGGCCGCCGAUCCAGGACCGACAGCACGUUGAAGACUUCUUUGUCCAAAAUCAGAUAUAUAAUUGUUGUUUUUCUUUAAGUAUUUGAGAUUGUUAAUCAUGUAGUUAUUUACUCUCUCCUUGCCAAAAUAUAAUGCAUAUGAGAUUUUUUGAAA